AUGGAAGCUAUAGACCCUGAGGCCGAAAGCGACGAGGAGACCGAGGAGGCCCUUAUGGGCGAGCUAAGAGAAGAGAUAACUAAAAAUUCUCUAGAGAUGGUGUCGGCUCUCGAGGUAGUGAUCAUUCUUCACGGACAAUACGACUACCGGCGACUAGAGGAAUACUUAGUCCGGGUGCUAAAUUAA